AUGGUCCAAAAGAAGAAGAUUUCCAAAGGGACUGGGAAGACGCUGGAAGCCAAGUCUGCUGCCGCCGGGAAGAUCCAAAAGCCAAAACACAACAAAAAGAACGUCGAGACCACAAUCGUCAUUUCGAAAAUGGCGGACAAUGUCCAAAAGAUUAUGGAAACCACCACCGACGGUAGCAUCAAGAAAGGCAAACAAGAAAAGGGCUUAAACGAUGGAACUGCGAAUAAAAACGAAAAUAAAGACGACAAAAAAAGGAAAGCUAACAACCAAAAGAAGAACAAGAAUCAGGAGAAGAAUCAGAGCAAGAGCAACAAUAAGAAACAAAAGAAGAAUCCUGAUACUGGAAACAAGGGAAAGAAAGCAGACAAUAAGGAGAAGAAAGAACCCUCCAACAACGAAGACGGCGGCGACAACGAACAGAAAUGGAGCAAAAGUAAAAAGAAACGACUGAGGGGCUUGAAGGCCAAACAAAAUAGGAAGCAACAAAAACAGGAUCAAGUGGAUUAUUCGUCAAAGUCCCCCGCUUCCAAACAAGAGCUUGGUACUGAUGCCGCGACCGAAUCUUCUACUCCCACGAGCACUGGAUCCAAAUUGCAAAAUGCCUUCAAGGCACGGUUGAGUGGGUCUCGAUUUCGGAUUCUUAAUGAAGAACUCUACACCAAAGAUUCCAAGGAUUCCUUUGCUCGCUUUUCACAAAACCCAGAACUCUUUGAACAAUACCACGAGGGGUUUCGGCAUCAAGUUGCUAGUUGGCCAGUCAAUCCGGUCGAUGUAAUUGUCCGGUGGAUUGUCAAUCGAUACAGCAGUCAAAUCGAAAAUCAACAUCGGAACAAGAAGAGCCAAGUCGCAGUGGCCGAUUUUGGAUGUGGCGAUGCCCAAUUGGCUAAAGAUUUGAUGAAGCGGCAUCCAGAUGCCUUUCAAAUUCAUUCCUUUGAUUUGGUCUCGCACAAUAAUCCAGAAUUAGUCACUGCCUGUGACAUGGCCAAUGUUCCUUUGAAAGACAAAUCGGUCGAUGUGGUAGUCUUUUGUUUGGCCCUCAUGGGGACCAAUUUGGCUGACUUUAUUCGGGAAGCCCACCGUGUAUUGAAAGACAAUGGCCGAGUACAGAUUGCCGAAGUCCGAUCAAGGAUUGAAUACAGUCAUGGUCGUAGUAGCAAUAACAAAAAGGGCGGAGACAGCAACAACAACAAGGAUGAUAAUGACAGUAGUCUGACUGGGACUCUGGAUGAGUUUGUUCAAGUUCUAUCCCAACUUGGAUUUGAAUCUGCCAAGACGGAUCGAUCCAACAAAAUGUUUCUCUUUUUGGAACUGAAAAAGAAUGGCAAGGCACCCAACAAAAAGUUGGAAUUUUCUGCCAAACCUUGUAUCUACAAGCGCAGAUAG